GUCGAACGUUGAAUGGUCACCGGAAAACCCGAUGCACAACGGAAAGGUACCGCGUGUGUUUGUGUGUGCGUAUGUUUGCCGCUUCAUUCGAACGGUUCGCUUUUGAAUACCGCGUUGCUGGUUCACCGUCUGCCCCGUUUGGAACGCAUUGUAAACGGAUAGAGACAGAAAAAACGGUUAAUAAAGCUGUGUAUGUGUGUGUGUGAGUGAGAGAGAGAAAGAGAAAGGGAGAGUAUGAAUGUGUGUGUGUGUGCUGAAGUUGUGAAUUCUAGUUUUCCUCGAACCGAUCGUUGCCCGUGUUCGGUUUUCCGUUCGGGUAGAUUUAGUAGUCAGUGCCGUUUUGUUCGUUAGUAAGUUUAGCUCCCUAAGUAUAUAGUAGCAUAGAGUAAGCGAGUAGGAGACGCGCCUACACGUCGUACGUCAACCUCGAAAACCGGGUAAUAGGCCCGUGGCAACACUACCAGUUACACUUGAAGUGACAACUUUCUAUUUCUUAAGUAAGAGAUACAGCACUUUACUUAGCGAUAGAAUAAGUAACACACAUACACACCCUACACACCUAGUGCAAUAUGAAAAAAACGAACCGAAGGAAGGAAGGGAACAUCACCACCAAAGCUCGUACGUACGUUGAAUUUUGUUUUGUUUUGGGUUAAAAUCAUACCCGAUUGAGCUAGCAGAUCAGCUGCUAAAGAACGAGCAGAACGCACUUUUAAGCCGUUAAUACCCCCCUGCAAAACCCGGAACUCAUAGAUGCGCUGUUACUAAGUCGUACAUGCAAAACCAAAUAAAUGAAAAUCCCUAAACAUGAAACAAAAACUAAACAUAAAUAUUCCUUCUCGCAAAAGCGAAAAGCAGGAACAAAAUAAGACAGUAAAGCAGUAAAAAGUUACAUUGAAACAAACACAAAAGUUAAACCAUAGAAACCUUAUGUCCGUACAGUGAAUAACUAAACACAAAACAACCAAAAAACUAAACCCGUUUGUGCGAAUUAAAAAAAAAUCACCCUUUGAAUGUAGUUAAUUCCAACGUAACAAAAAAGGCAUUUUUAAUGACAGCAAUGGUUCGAUUUUCCACUCUUAAUCGCUAGUGAACAAAACGGUACAGUGGUAGUCGACAGAUGAUGCAGAAUAACGUCGUUAAUGCAAAUGAAAUCUUUCAAGUACUAGAUCCCGCUGUAGGAAUAUGUAGCCGUUUAACAGAAGUAAAGAGAUAAAGCGCAAAAACACAAACACUAACUGGUGGAAAAUGAAUUUGCUCUUACACGAACGGGGACACACACACACGUUGUGGAAAAUAGUAAAUGAAUUUGCGAUCGAAUGUACUAUUUAAAACAUAAAAAAAAUUGCACGAAACUGAUGGGAAUCUACUAGCAAAACAAAGCACGUUUAUUGCACGUACUCGAAACUAAACAAAACAAACAUACGAUCAUAAUGAUAAAGAUGUAAGUAACAAAGCGUAACACCAAAGUCAAGGAACUUAAAACAAGAAAGAGAAAGAACGAGAGAGAGAGAGAGGAACAUUUAACGCCGCAGCGCCGUCGUGUAUAUUUUUCGUUUUUUUUUACUCAUUAUUCGAAUGGUUUCUAUGCUUUUUUGUAACGCCCUGUCAACAAUGGCGCCGUCAAUCUCCGAUCGUUACAGCUUCCGGGGAGUGUUUUAGGGUUGACCCACUUUUAUUUAAGUGUUUUACUUUCACCCUCCCUUCUUUGUUGUUCACGUACACCAUAAACCAUGUAAGUGGGAUGGGUUUGAUUUCUCGUUUCUGUAUCGGAUACAAAACAAAACCAUUUUGUUCAGAAGAACAGUAAGCGCACGGAGAGAAAAGCGGUAAAAAUGUAACAAAUCCUCGAUGAUGUAAUAUAAGAUAUAACAGAUAACAUUCGAUCAGUCAAACGCUGGACAAACGCCGAUGGUGCAUAGUAUUAAUGGGCCAGCAGUUUACUUACAUUAGAUAAACGAAAAUUGUGAAACGAUACGGUAGGGGACGACGGCACACACACAAAAAGAAAACAACGUCGCCUCGAUUAUAGAGAUAAUCAAACACAAAACAAGUCAUUGAAAUAAAGCGUAACAUAAAUGGGGCAAACGAGCAGUAGCAGCAGAAGUGAAGGAAGAACAAGCAAAUAGUGACAUUAUUAGUAGCAUACGAUAUACUAUUAAACAACAGCAAAAGAAACACACGGAAACAACUCUGACGUUGCGUGCGUGACAGCAGCCAGCCUCUCUUUAUCCCCUUUUCUGCUUCCGUUUCCCGGUGUGCCGGUUUAGUACUGCUGGGAAGAAGAACUGUUUACUUAGACUUGUUAUACGUUACUGCGUUACUGCGUUACCAUUUUCGUGUGUUACGUUUUGUUAUUAAGUUGUCGCGAAAUGGAAUGAAUCGCAUUCAUUCGUGUAUGUUGGGCGUAUUGGCAUUGCAUUGUUAGUUUCUAUAGAAACAGUAGCAAAAAAAAUUCCUUUGUGUAUGUUUGGGUGUGGUGCGCCGUCGCAUCAAUCUUUCGCAUACACCAAAGCGUUACAUGCGUUACAGUUAUUUAUUACAUACAAACAAAAGAAACAACUGUAGUUGUUACUAAUUCUCGAGUUAAAAGUGCGAAACCGAUACAUCCUUACGCGGGAAGAAGCUAAGCAAGGAAGACGAGACGGUAAAAGAUGGAAGAAAAAAUAGAAAUUUCAUUGCGUAAAGGUUGAAACCCAAAGGACACAAGUUUUUUUCUCUAGGGAAGUAAAUAACGUUGUGUUUCCAUAUCCCGAAAAACUUUUGCUUUGUUGUUUUUAUUAACAAUUUGCUUCGUUAGUAAUUCCCCCAUAAAAGAGAGAAAGAGCUAAAGCGCAAUGGCGUUCAAUCUGCCAUUUGCUUUCUUUGCUUGCUAGUAUUCUACAGCAAAAGCUUUUCAUGGACUAGUUUCCAUCCAUCUUAAUUUAGUUUUUUUUUUAAACCUUGUUUGCAGGCACGGUGGAAAGCAUUGUCAAUUUGGACAAGGCAGUAAAGUUUUGCUUAGGACAUUUAUUUCCCCCCCCCUUUAAACAUCAAAGAGCUUUUAUUUCUUGAAGGACGGAACGUGUCGAGCUUGAUAAACAUCUUUGAAUGUCCUAGCGAGAAUCGUUUUUCAAUUUCUUGAUGCUUUCCAAGAAAAGAAAAAGAUGUUUCACCAAAGAAAAGGAUACAGAAUUUAGGACCUUUCGACUGAGUUGAAUAAUGUGCCUCUCAAAUCAUCAAACACGUCAGACAAAGUUCCGAUCCGAUUGUGGAAGAAACUCCUUAAUAAGCUCUUAUCAUGCUAGUGUUUGCUGCUUAGUAAAUAACAGUUACUAACAGUUCUAUUUCUGAUAAUGAUUCUUUGGUUCUCCACCCCAAUCCACCCCCACCGUGCCUUACUUAGAAGCAUUAGAAACUGUCAGCUGAGUUUAUAAUGCACUUUUAUUAAACUUUUGUUUUGUGUUGUCAAACUUCCAUUACUGCUGAAAAUUACUUACCAAAUGUCACUGCUAUCCUUCUCCUCUGCUCAGUUUGUGUACUUAUUGGAACGAUUUUAUAUCCCCAUCUCAUCCCUCCCUUGUCUGUGCUGUCUGCUUCCCUAAGCCCUGAUAGAGAACGAUAAUGUCGAUAUAUAGUUAAACAAAAAAAAAGUAAAAGAAAACAAGCUUUAAGAGAAAGGGAAUACUAUUAUAACCGAGCUCUCCUCUCGACACUCGAACUGUAAAUCUCGUGUACGUUAGUGUAUAUCCUAGUCAAUCGGUCGGCACCGACCACCCAUGGUCGGCGACCGUCACAUCCUUAGCUCUACUCCCCCCCCCCCCCCCCCAAAAACCCCCACACAAUCCUUUUUACCACCUUAUCAAGUUUCUUAUCGUUAUUGUGUUGCGUUUAGGGUAAAUAUUAAUAAAAAAGAGAAGAGAAAACAGAAGCCUCUCCUUCCAUGCUGUUUUCUUGAGACAUUAGUCCUGUCUCCUGAGCUCUGGUCACUUAAAAAAGCCUUCAACAAAACAAUCCCUUGAUUGGUGGUGUGUAUCAACAACUACAAGAAUAGGCACACUUUCGCUAGCCAAUUAAAGUGCUAAAACAUACAUACACACAGAGCGUGCGAGAGAGAUAGAGAGAGAGAGGGAAAACCAAAAGUAAAACAAAAUGGAACGCACGCAGCGCGUGCUAUAAGAAGAUGGAUUUUCAUGUGUUUUUCGUUUUAAGUUUGUAUCAUAGGAAUAACACAAGGAAAAAGUUUAAAAUAAAAAAACAAACAAAAAAAAACUUACAACAAACAAAGAAAAAUCACAUUCAAACGUAUGUAUAUCUUUAAAACAAAACGGAUAACGGUAUUAAGUUAGGGUUUACGGGGUCAUCAGGUACACAAAAACAAACAAAAAAAAACCAUUGUUACAAAAUAAAGAUAUUGAGAGAUUAAAUGAGAAAAGAAACACAACUUCAACAUACUUGUGUGUGAGUGUUUGUAUUUCCGAGUCCGAGUGAAAAGAUAUCUACUUACAACAAAAAAAUAAUAAAAUCUUGUUACAAGCGUUUUGUCUGCACAGAAGGGUUAGCGUUUUUCUUUUCUUGCAUCUAUACCCGAGAUGGAGAAACUUACGGCCAAUAGCAAAUCAAUCGGUGCCAUCAAUGGAGCAUCGAACAUGGCGUCCUUUAUUCGAGAAAGGCGACUGUCUUUUAGUUUUCUCUGUGAAACGUUGAGAUCUGAUGCCUGAAUGCGCCUACCAACUGCAAGAGUUUUGAUUAGCGGCACUAGCGGCAUCGAUUGCACUGCGAUUUAUUCCGGUAGCUUCAAAUCACCCUUCUCUUUUAAUGAUCAUCGCACACAUUGAACAUAUGAAAUUGAUAAAAAGAAAAAAAUACAAAUAAAUUACACAACCCAUUUUGGAAAUGUAAGCGAAAAACCGGAAG